AUGUCGAUUCCUCUGAAUCCCAUCUUUUCAUCAUCAUCUGCUUCUUCUUCUUCUAAGACUCCUGGUACACUUGAAGACACACAGCCCCUUCUCAUUCAUAGAACUUCAUCCGAUUCCAUCCCUUCUCCUACCUUUUCAUCAUCAUCAUCCUCAAACGAUAUCGCUCCUCAAGAUUCUGAUACUUCAGUCCUCCCAAAUACUAUGAGCAAGACUGGUUCUCUACGGAAAACCGCCCGAAAUCCCAAAUCCUCCCGGGACAGGCAACCCCCCUCCAUCGCAACCUCCAUAGAACUCGGCGCCACUGCCGCCCUCUCUCCGAACUCUUCUUCCUUUUCUUCCUCCCCGCCUGCCAUGAACUCCAACGGCAAUGUCGAACUGAGAAAAAAACACUCCACUUCCUUUGAAAACGGCUCCAGCAGCGCCUCCCAAGCCCAACAUCUCAUGGAUCGCGAGGAAUUCACCUUGGACCACGAUCAUGCGCCGAAUACACCUUCUCAAUCCUUAUCAGGAUUGUCGCCCCAGGACCAAAGAAACUUUGCUCUACUGGUCCUCCUCUACUUCCUGCAAGGUGUUCCCAUGGGUCUCGCCAGCGGUUCCGUACCUUUCCUGCUAAAAUCGAAACUCUCCUAUGCCCAAAUCGGUACCUUCUCCUUGGCCGCCUAUCCUUAUUCCAUGAAGCUCGCUUGGAGUCCUAUAGUCGACGCUAUCUGGAGCACUAGGUUCGGAAGGAGAAAGAGCUGGAUUGUACCUAUUCAAGCUUGUAGCGGUUUGAUGAUGCUGUGGUUGGGUAGUCGUAUCGAUAACUUGAUGGAACAUGCCGAAAAUAACAUUGGAACUUUCACCGCCACUUUCUUCGGAUUGGUGUUUUUAUCUGCGACUCAAGACAUCGCUGUUGACGGUUGGGCGCUGACCUUAAUAUCACCGGAAAACAUUUCCUAUGCUUCGACGGCGCAAACUGUCGGACUAACAGCCGGUCAAUUUUUAUCCUUCACCGUCUUCCUAGCUUUCAACUCGGCCGAUUUUGCCAACCGAUGGUUCCGAAGUGUACCUAAGGAUGUUGGUUUGAUGACCUUGAGCAGCUAUCUUACUUUCUGGGGUUGGUCUUACCUGCUCGUCACAAUCGGACUUGCCGUCCUCAAGAAGGAAGAACGGACCAGAACUCGUGAGGGCCUUGUAUCCGUCUACAAGACUAUGUGGGGUAUCAUGAAGCUUAAGAACAUCCAGGUCUUCAUCAUCAUCCACCUAAUCUGCAAAAUCGGCUUCCAAGUCAACGAUGCCGUCACAAACCUAAAACUCCUCGAUCUUGGUUUCUCCCAGGAAGACCUCGCCCUCACCGUCCUUAUCGACUUCCCUUUCGAAAUCGGUCUGGGUUAUUAUGCUGGUAAAUGGUGUGCCGACUUCCAACCCAUGACACUCUGGUGCUACGCCUUCGUCGGCCGUCUGUUAGCCGCCGUUGUCGCACACAUCACCGUUGCUAUCUUCCCACCCAGCGGAGUAGUAGAUACUUGGUACCUCCUCGUCGUCAUCGCCGAACACAUCUUUUCAACCUUCAGCAGCACAGUUAUGUUUGUCGCCGUAUCCGCCUUCCACGCAAAGAUUUCAGAUCCAUUGAUCGGUGGUACCUAUAUGACAUUAUUAGCUACCGUCUCCAACCUGGGUGGUACAUUCCCGAGAGUGUUUGUGUUAAAAUUGGUCGAUGCAUUCACCGUCGCCAAUUGUGAAGGGUUUAAAGAUCCCACCGGUGUCUUGACCCAGGCAUUCUCGUGUGUCGCACAGGAUGCGAAGAAGCAUUGUAUCGAGAUGGGUGGUAAAUGUUCGAUUGCAAAGGAUGGGUACUAUAUUACGAAUAUACUGUGUGUUAUCUUUGGCGCUGUUACGUUUUGGGGAUUCAUCAGAGGAGCGGUUGGGAAGUUGCAAUCAUUACCACUGAGAGCGUGGAGAUUAGCCGGCCAGUCGUGA